AUGACAAUCCAAAUUCCGUGGGAUACAUCGCGAAUGAGCACCCCAAGCCAGGAACCCCCUUCUCUGUCAUUUGCUGGCACGUCCCCGGCUUCCAGUUACGGCGGUGCCGCAACUAUCCAGGACGACUCCUUUGAGCAGUACAUCAGCUUUGACGACGGUGUUGCUGCGGACCCUCAGGACCCCUUUUACACCUACCUGGCAAACGACGCUUCCUUAUCCACGGAGCUUUCGACCUCUUUCGCCGAGACUGGCGGCGACCUAAGCCACGGCCAGCUUCUCUUCCACCCCGCGCAGCCUGUACACAAAGAACACUCCAUAUUGGCUGGCAAACGCAUAGGACAAAGAAAUCACCAAACCGGCGGCCACCACCCCUCCGGCCGUACAGACAGCAAAAGUCUCGAGGCACGACACUACGGUCGAGGAUCCAACCCCCUACAAGUUGUCCCAUGGACAUCUCAUCGGGAUUGCAAUUCAUAUCACCAACCCUCACCAAGGUGCUCACCCUGCACCACAGUAUUACCUCAGGACACAGGAAUGUUUCAAGGCAACCCAACAACCCCAAGUCAAACACCCAGGGCUCUCGGCAGGUCAAUGCAGUCGUUGGCUGCUCCUGUCACGGCUGUGCCUUCACAGUCAAACGGCGGAAUGAGACUCCAGGCUCCUUCCAUGGGCACACACGGCCAUCACUGCUACGGGACCUUGUCUCCAAGCCACCCUGCACCGCCCCAGGUGAAGCCAAACCAGCACCAUCCCGUGUAUCUGCACAUGAGCUCAAUGAAUGAGACUUGCGUCGACCCGGCCGAGCUCACGUCUUCGGGGCACAACAGCAGUGAUGAGUCGAACACGCCUUAUAGGAGCCAGCCCACCACGCCUGCCAACACUCCCGCUCCCGGACGGAGCCUCAGUAGUUUGAGUAUUGGCAACGCUGUUACUGACUUUGCCAGCCCGGCGCUCGUCGCCAAGUCUUCUGAGCCCUGGCCGUAUCCUUUGCCCGGUGCCGAACUACCAACUCCUUUUCCUUCUCACGCCUCGGCACCGAACCACAUACAGACGACUGCCGCCGGUGGCCAAUACAACAACAGACUGCCAUCCUCGGCGUCGGCAGCCCCCCUGGGGACGACCAGCCUGGCACAUCCUUUCGACAGCCGGUUUCACGGCUACAACGGAGGCUACGGCCAUGACCUACCCGAGAGCUGGACUGGCGUACAGGAACAUCAGCCCACCGCUCCUGGCCAUCGCCACCAUACGACGUCUGGCCAACCCAGACAUCAGCGUACUACCACCUCCAGCGGUGGCGCGCGGAACCAGGCUUCUUCUAGACACCGCUCUACUCUCAGAGGCCCGGCAGGUGUGCACCCCGGGCCCAAAGCGCCAGCAUCAGCACAAAAUCAUGCGCCGGCCUCGAGCAGGAGACAACGCCGCCGCAAGCCCAAGUCCACAGGCAAUCGCGUCCGCCACUCCUCCUCCUCUGCCGCCGCCGUCACCACCGCCAGCAGCAGCACUCCACAGCACCAGGAAGUCUCGUCACCGCCGUUUUCUCCUUCAUCUCCUCCUCCUCCUGCUGCUGCUGCCGCUGCCUCCGGCGGUGGCGGUGGCGGUGGUGGAGGGAUCAGGUUCGUCAACUUCACGCCCGAGGACGGCCGGCGGCUCAUGGCCGGCGUGGCGCCGAGCGGCAGCAGCAAGACGCGCGCGCGCCGCGACCGCGAGGCCGAGGAGCAGAAGCAGCAGCUGAUGAGCGAGGCCUACCGGCAGGCCGCGCUGGCCGUCGGCCUGCACCACCACCACCACCCUUCGCCGAUGUACUAA